AUGGCCAAUCCCUUGCCUUGGGAUGAUAGGUCCAAGGAACCAGGCUCGGCCUCCAACCCUAUCCUUAUCGAUAUCACCGACACCUCUUGCAGGCAGAACACGCCAGAACAGGUUGAUUCUGAUGGAGAGACCGUGCGCUUGAGUACCCCAGAAUUCUAUGAAAAUCUGAGUGAUGGAGGCCCGCCCGCUCCACUAAAGGGACCGGCACUCACGGAUUCUACUCCUGUUGUGACGCCAUCCAGAGUGCUAAAUGGCCGGAGAUUCUAA